AUGUUAAUGGUGAUACGGAUGAUACAUUUAGCGAUGCUGACGAAUCUGAUGUUGAAGAAGGUUCCAUUGAGAUCUGCUAGAAAAAAAUCCGUUAUGCCUUUAAAAGCUCCCAUAAUGAAUUUAGACGUUCCAGAUCAUUCUCAUGAAAAUUCCAUAACGUCUCUAAAUAGUAUAUCCAGUUUGUUGAAAGAAAAACUUAGCAUGGUACCUUUUCCAAGUUUAUUAAAACCAAAACGAAAACCUAAAAAUUACAAACUAAAAGCUUUUGUUUGUAUUUUGUUUUUAAGUAUAAUUUUUUUGGUAGGAUUUGCUUAUGUCUUUUACCAUCAACAAGUAUUACAAAGAGCUUAUUUUGAACGAAUACGAUUUAAUAAAGAAGAAAAAAUUGUUAGAGUUUAUGAUAACGAUGGUAACGAUCUUUUAUCAGGAUAUUUGGGAACAACAAUAAAUAGUAAUUUAGUAUUUAGAUGUUUGAAAGAGCAUGAAUUUGAUGAUGGAAGUGUUUGCAUGGAAUGGAUGCACAGAGCAAGACUUUACUUGAGAUUUAGAAAUUCACAUCCAGGGGUUAGAUGCUAUCAAAUAACUUGGGAAAGUUUAAAUUUUUUUGUGAAUCCAACCGAUUGUUUUGAUUGGAGUAGAGGAGGUCAUUGGUACGGUGGUGGUCAAGUACAAAACAUGACUUGGCCAGCAGAAUUGGGAAAUAUAAAAUUAUCACCUUUUAUUACCGGCGACACAACUCAUCAACAAUGGGGAAACGUUCUUCAAAGAUAUUUUUUAAAUUCAAAAGGUGUAUCGAUAUCCGUUGAUCAUGAAACUCCAUUGUACAUAGCUUUAGAUAAUUUUAAUGGUGAAAAAAGGUUUUGUCUUCAAGCAAGAUAUGAUAAUUUUGUCUACUUUUAUCAUAAUACUGCUUUACCUGUUUUGAAUUAUAGUAUUUGUACAUCGAAUAAUAUAAAAAUUCUUCACGGAUAUAUGUCUGAAAAAAGUCUUUGGGAUGGACUUAAAGAGAAAGAUAUCGAAACCAUUUAUUCUCUUUUAACUGAACCUGUUUGGCAAAUAGGACUGGAUAAUGCUGAACAUUUAACGGAAUCGACAGUUUAUAAUUAUACAGAAGAUGUUAUAGCAUUAGCCUUUUUAAGACAGGGACACGUUCUCAUAAACGAGAUGUGGCAAAAAAAUAUUGGAGAUUUUACUAUGGACGAACAAAGAUUUCCAACAAUGGCAGAUACAAUAAAAAUACUUCAGAGAAGAGGAUUUAAAAUUGUUUUAUCAAUUCAACCGUUUAUAUCAACGGAAAGUCAUAAUUUUAAAUUAGCUAUGAAAGAAAAACUUUUGGUAUCUGAGAGAAGUAACGAAAAUAUUCCAGCUCUCACAAGGUAUAAAGGAUUAGAAAGCGCAGGAAUGAUAGAUAUAACAAAUAAUCAAACGAUUCCUUGGAUUCAAGAACGUCUUAUCGCUGUCGUUAAAAAAUAUAACAUAAAUUCUUUUUAUCUCGAUUUGGGGUCGACAUAUAACAUGCCUCACUUUUACAGAUUUGAAAAAAAACUAGUCAAUCCUGAUCAAUAUAAAACUCUUUUUACGGAAAAUGUACUACAACUUGUCGAAGUGAUUGGCGUGUCAUCAGCCGUUCAAAGACCCAAACCACCUGUUUUUGUUAGUUUACCACCUCUUUCAAGUACCUGGGAAAGUUUAACAUUAAUCAUACCUAUUGUUCUCACGUAUGGAAUUAUUGGUUAUCCUUUUAUAAUGCCAGGACCAGUUGGAGGCAGCUUUUAUAGUGAGACAACAUUAACUAAUUACACAUACAUAUACAUAAAUGAAUUUAUAUUUCUGCCUGACAAAGAGCUUUAUAUUAGAUGGCUUCAAUUGGCAACUUUUCUACCAGUCAUUAGAUUUACUUAUUUGCCUAGCAAAUACAAAGAUGAAUCUGUUUUAGAAAUAGCUAAAAUUCUCACUCAUUUAAGAGUUAAAAUUGUAAACCCACUUCUAAAAAAAUAUGCAAAAGAUGCAUUAGAUUCUGGCCUUCCAAUCAUACGUCCUUUGUGGAUGCUAGAUCCUUCAGAUCCAACUUGUCAUACUGUAGUCGAUGAAUUUUCAGUAGGAGAAGAACUUAUAGUUGCACCAGUUAUACAUGAAGCUACAACAGAAAGAGAAGUAUAUUUACCUGCAGGAGUUUGGAAGGAUGGCAUUGAUGGUAGCUUAAGAAAAGGUAGCAGAUGGAUACAUAAAUAUAAAGUAAUGCAGAAUAAAGUAGCUUAUUUUGUCAAAAUGCCAGAUAAUACAAGAUUUUAA